GGGAUAUUUUCCGUUCAGCAGCCAGGAUUUAUUUUGGGAUUCUUUCGAGCAGUGCCGCGAGUGAAAAGUGAUAUUUUCCGGCUCUUUUUCCUGAGAAAAACUAGUUAUCAACGUUUCGAUCAUGUCGAGUAGACCGAUCCUCAGUAGGCCUCGCACCAAAAUCUACGACUCGAACUACAACAUCGGCGAAAGCUACUACAAGUCCACCCUGGACCGGCUGGAUAGGAAGUACUCCGGUCGCCCUUUGUCGCCCCAAAGAUAUACUCCCAACUCCGCCCUAGAAAUUGCUGAUCGCCAUGCCAGGGCAUUUGCUGAAGAGGACCUGGAGGACUCCAGACGUCGCGCGAGUAGCAGGAUCAAAGAGAACCAUCUCUUCGACUCCAGAGGGGCCCGUUACUUUGACGACGCGAUCAAUGAUGAGACUGCGUCCACUCUGAAGCAGAUCAGGGCGGCCAAGAAAGUCUCCUAUGUGGAAGACGCCGAUCUGGAAUCGGCCUCAAACAACCUCAGAACGCAACGGAUGCUGGAUCGGUCGGAGAAAAUCCUGGAUAGCAUUGGCAUCAAUGAGAGCUCAGCGAGCAAGAGGGCUUUGGCGAACGAGUUUUCCUAUCAGAAAAGAUCGCUCAAGAUGUCGUAUGACGCGGAUGCGGAUAAUCUGACUAAAUGGAAGGCAGUUCCCCCGGCGGAAAAUGGAGACUCCACCACCAGUGCCGCUUCUAUCAGAGCUCGACGCUCUCGGGCCAGAAUCGACGAUAUUGAUGAUGAAAUGGCCGCUAUGCAGGAGAAACAAGCUGUUAGAGAGCGCCGCGUUGCCCGCCUAAAGCAGCUGGUUGCAGAAUGCGACUCAGAAACCGUUGACGACAAUGGCGUAGCCACCACAGAAAAGAAAGUCCACUUCUAAAUAAUGUAGUUGUUUUUAAGCUGUUGUGACAAUGUGUAUCUUAAGCCCACUAGCGAAUGGGGCAGGGCAUUAAUGAAUGCAUUUUGGGCAUAAAACAUGGUGCAUUUUACUCUCUAGUUGUAUUACAGUGUACAUACGUCUCCAAUUGUAUGAUAUUUUCACGCAAAAUAAACGUUAAACGGUU